AUGCGCCCAAUUCCGAGAGUCGCUCUGCGACCGUACGUUUGUACGUCUUGCCGUCAUGGCAUUGGCUCGAAUCAGCGGCGAUUUGGCACACAGCCAGGUCAAAAGCCCGAUAUUUAUGACGUGGUUGUAGUCGGAGCCGGCCCUGCGGGAUUGUCGCUCUUGGCUUCUCUCCGAGCUUCGCCUAUUACAUCAAAGCUUAGGGUCGCGCUCAUUGAAAGCCAAGACCUUCGGAAAGCCCAAUCCUGGAAGAUGGAAUCGGACCAGUUCUCUAAUCGAUGCAGUAGUCUCACUCCGUCAUCUGUUUCAUUUUUGCGCGAUAUUGGAGCAUGGGAGCACUUAGCACUCGAACGUGUACAGAAAUACCAGGGAAUGCAAGUGUGGGAUGGCGAGACUGGGUCGCGAAUAUCUUUCGAUUGGUCUGGGGAAACGUCUGCCUUUGAAGAACUGCGCACCGUGGCUACCAUGGCAGAGAACACAAAUAUUGUCUCCGGUCUGUUGCGUCGGAUUGCUGCUUCUGGCGAUGAAAACAUGACCCUGUUCUCGAACACCACUGUUGUUUCUAUCGAGAAUGGAUCCGAUCUCCAGGCUUGCGGAGGUCCUGACCUCUCCGCAUGGCCUGUCCUUUCGGUAAAACCCACUGGACCGGCUAGCGAAGGCAAAUCACCAUCCAGAAUUGCGGCAAGACUUCUCGUUGGUGCAGACGGAAUCAACAGUCCCGUUCGCUCGUUCGCCAACAUCCCCGCCGACGGCUGGGACUACAAUCGACACGGAGUAGUCGCAACCCUGGCUCUGGGUGAUCUACCUACACCUCCAAUCCGGGAGAGCAUGCGCACAGCAUACCAGCGCUUCCUACCGGAUCUUGGCGGGCCGAUUGCCCUCCUCCCACUACCAGACAACCACGCAUCGCUAGUCUGGUCCACAACACCAACGAAUGCAGCAUACCUUAAGUCCCUCCCCACCCCUGCCUUCAUCGCCAUGAUCAAUGCGGCUUUCCGACUAUCAAUGACAGAUCUCAACUACAUGAUGGGCAUGCAGCAAUAUACAGAAUCAACACACGAAGAUGAACUCACAUGGCGCGUCCGGAAUACACCCCUCCCCUCACAAACACCACCGCCAGUAAUUGGCCUGCAAACAAGCACACUUGCUUCAUUCCCGCUGCGCUUCCGCCACGCAGACCAAUACAUAUCCCCUCGUCUCGCUCUCGUCGGCGAUGCCGCGCAUGUCAUCCACCCGCUUGCCGGCCAAGGUCUAAACCUUGGACUUGGAGACGUUGCCGCACUCUCUCGCACAAUCGAGUAUGCCGUAUCUCAUGGUAUGGACAUCGGUGAUCUUCUCACUUUGGAACGCUAUUCUUCAGAGCGAUAUUUCACCAAUUCGAAGGUCAUGGGUGCUUGUGAUCUAUUGCAUAAGAUGUAUACUGUUCCUGGUCAGAACCCAAUUUCCUGGGCUCGUAGUGCUGGGUUGACUAUUCUUGAUAAGUUGCCAUUUGCCAAGUCCUUCCUGAUGAAAAACGCUGAAGGGUAUUGA